AAAAUCUUUUAAAGUAGUUUUCUUUAUUUCAUUAGACAUUAUUUGUGUAUAGACAUGGUGUUACAAGAAAACAAUUCAGAACCAAACCCAGUUGGGAUAAGUACAUACAUGUUUUAACGUUUUUUUUAUUUAUUUGUUUAUUUGUUCAUUUAUUUAUUUAUUUUAAAGUGGGCUUCCGAGAUUUAACACUAGAUGGCACUGUUGCCAAAGAUGGAAAGCGAUGCUCUAUGUUUGCUGAUAUAAUUAGCAUUUAAUCAAAAGUAAUUUAAUAUCUGCCAUUUCUUGGCAAAAGUUGAGAUACAUCACACAUUGUCACAGUUGUUAACCUAAAUCAAGGCAAAGACAAAAUGAAUGCAAAUAUAAAUGCAACAUAUCAAGGAUUGCUUAUAUUCUCCAUUUCUGAAAGUAUGCUUUGGGCUAAAAGAAAUGCACAUCAAGUUGCCAUGUUUAACAAACAAAAAAACAAUGUGAUAUAAAUCUAUAUUUGUGCUCCAAUCUUUACAAACUACGUGAGACAAACCAUGUAUUUUUAUUUGUGGUUCUGCUGUGUGGGCUCAGUUCCUCCCACAGUUAGCACCUUUAGCUUUAGUUGUCAUCUCUGCAGAGACCCACAGAUCAGUGUCCCUCAGUGUCUCAGUCAUUGCUGCAUCCUUUGGUGCAACAUGAUCCUGCUGCUCGGUCUGCUUUGUGCUGUCUGGGUCAAAACUGCGUGGAGUCACAAGGAAGAUGGAAGUUUCAGUUUUGAGGGAAACAUUCAGCAGGUUGCAGUGGCCACCAACUCUGUUUACAUCGCUACAGAGGAGAAGCUUUACCAGCUGAGCCAUGACCUGACUCUGCUGCACAGCCUGACCCAGAGAGGGAUCCUGAAGGACGACAAUGGGAUGGGUGUUACGGAGUUUCAUCGAAUCUCAGAAACGGAUUUGUUAAAUGCAAAGUUUAGUGUCAAUAUUUUAAUUCCAUUUGCUAGGAAUGAUACAGUGGUCAGCUGCGGUGUGACCAACAAUUACUGUGGUUAUUGUGAGAUUCUGGACCUGAAGAACAUCAAUAAGCUGGUUUACAGUGAAUCCAUCCAGGUGGGACCUCUAAGGAGCAGCAGUGGGUCUGUCAGCUUUCUGGUGGAUGUGAAGAAGAAUUCAGGUCAGACUGAGACUUACAUUCUGACAGCGAUAAAGAACCAUAGAGACAAGACAGAGGAGGACAGGUGUAGCGCUGAUUUAAAGACUAUCAACCUUCACAACACAGAUCACAGACAGCAUGGGGAAAUAUUUUCCUGGUCUGGUCAGUCAGGUGAUAAACCUGGGAUCCAAACUGAAGCUGAUGUAGAUUUUGUGGACGGAUUCCAGAUCAACUCAACAGUGUAUCUGUUCUCCAACGUGGCAUCAGGAGGUGAAACCAACAAAGUCCGUCUCAUCUGGCUUCAGGCUGAAACCAGUAAAAGUGACACUCUGAAGUCUCUUCGUGGAGCGACUCUCAGUUCCUCUGGAGGUGAAGGCAGCAGACUGCUGGCCUCCUCGGUCGUCCCAGGUGGUCAGCAGGUCCUGUGGAGUGGAGUGUUCAGUGUGGAUAAAGGAGGAGAAAACACUGAGCUGCUGCUGUUUGACAUCAGUCCUGAUCUCAGCAUGGAGAUGAAUAAAGAUCCAGACUUUUUUUACACACCAAAAAGUACAGAUCCCUUGUUAGGACCAAAUAAUCUAAAACCAAAGGUCGUUCUUCUGAAACACAAUGACAUGACCUCUGUGUUGGCGAUGAAGCAGAAGGCCUGGAUGGUGUUCUUCAUUGGAACAGCAGACGGUUUGCUUAUGAAGCUUGCUGUAGACAGGAACUUUAAGCCCACCUGUCCAGAGAUUCUCUACAGAGAGAGUGAAAAACGCAAAGUGUUUCCCAAAAUCCAUCUGGAUCAAGUGGAUCGGAACCAUGUGUAUUUGCAGCUUAAAAAUAAGAUUGAGCGGGUUGCAGUGUCGAGGUGUAGCACUCACAGAGAUGUGAGGGCUUGUCUGUCUGCACAGGAUCCCCUCUGUGUGUGGUGCGUCUCUGAAGACAGCUGUACAUUUGAGGACCACUGCACAGACUCAGAGUGGUUUUCCAUCCCUGAUGAACCUCAACAGGAAAUGAUUUCCCACCGAGUUGUGAAGGAUUCCAGUGGAAUGGUCAAAGUAAUCAUCCAGACACACCUGACUGUGCCGCAGAAGGUUCAGUCUAACUUCACCUGUGAAUUCUCUUCAAAUUCUAGUCAGAUUUGUAGGCAGCAGGGGUUUUCAGCACAGUUCCCUCAGUGCACAUGCAUCCUUAUCAACACUCUUCUGACUGAUGUCCUGGAUGUCACCAUAAACAUCAACGUUGGGAAAUCUGAGCUGACAGAGCAAAGAAAACUAAUCAACUGUUCAAGUGUUCAUGGACAACCAAGUUCCCAUCUGUGCCGACAGUGUAUCAGAUCUGGGUGCCAGUGGAUGGAGAACAGCUGUUCCUGGGCCAGUGAACUUACUCACAAUACUCAGAAGGACGUUUGCCUGGAGAUGGAAGCUGAGAUGAACAUUUCUACACCAGAUGUCGUCUCCAUUACACCGAGCGUUGUGUCUCUGUAUGGGAAAAACCACGCUUUGUUGUCAGGUCAGAACCUGAGCGACGUGAUCGGAGUGAGAAUCUCAACGCACAUGGACUGUAGUCCUCAGGAAUCUCCUGUGUGGAACAACACUGGUGUCAGUUUGACCUUUCACAUCCCCACCACUGAAACUAGGAGAUUGGUCAAAGUGUGUGUUCUUCUGCCUGAUGGUAGUUGCCACGGAAACGCUACAGUCACCUAUCAGCCGUUACCAGUCUGCACUGACAUAGUACCUCGGAGCAGCUGGAGGAGUGGGAAGAGGAAGGUCAAACUCAUUGGGACCCAUCUGGAGUUUGUGGAUGGGCUGAUGCAGAGCCACGCCCAGCAGCAAGUGUUGCUUCCCAGGAACAGCAGCAGUGAGAAUCUCACCUACGAUACGCCUACAGCAGAAAACGGUCAGAUUUGCUGCAGCACCGUUUUUCUGAAAGUAGCCAAUCAAACUGUGGCCUGUUUGGUCAAACUAACAUACCUUCCUGAUCCAGAGUUUACCAGCUUCACUACAGAGAGGCUGGGAAAUGAUGUCCAUGUUGUUAUUCAUAAAAGUUCAGAUAAACUGGAGAUGACAGCAGCAGAGUUGCUGGUGUGGGGCGUUGAGGGUGAAAAGCAACAUCCCUGUGUCAAAAUAAAAGAAAAUCAUAACAAAACAGAUUCCUUUAUCUGUGACAUCCAAGGAGUUAACAAUACUAACUUUAGGGCUAUAAAGAUUAAAUAUGGUGACACAACUGUGUUUAUUCAGACUCUAUCUUCAUUGCAUCUGGGCCUUCUGAUUCUACAUUUCCUUCUCAAAUGUUCUAUUCUUACUGUGCUGGUUGUUUUCUGUCAGUGGGAAAAGAGACAAACAAGUUCUGAUUACUGAUCAUUUCUCAUCCAGAGGAUCAGUGGGAACAAGUACAGUCGUAGGAUUCUGAAUGUGUACAUCAUGAUCUAUGCUUUGUCCUUACAGUUUUAGACUUUACAGUAUAUUCUAACAUGCUUCUUUCUCAUCCAAAUGGAUCUUUCCUGAAUCAUAAGUGAACUAAAUGGCUGAAAAGGGCACCUAGAAACUGUUGAAUUUCCUUAAGAC